CGGGCGCAGAGGACGGCGGAGCGGGCCGGACACGGACAGCUCCGUCGCUCCGUGCUUCGGCUCAUCCCCGCAUCCCCGCUUCCCCGCUCCUCCGGCGGCGAGCAGCCUCCUCUGCGGACCCUCGGUCCUCUCGCCCGGGGGUCGUCCGGCUCCCGCGGCUCCCCGCACGCGCCACCUCGGCAACUUUCUCCACCAGCACCCGGGGCUGGAGGGGCUGCCCUGCCGCGGCGCGUUUCUCCCGGGGUUCCUUGGGGGGCGGCCUCUGGAGGAAGGCUUCAGAGUCCCGUAGAGACGCCCCUCGCCCGCACCCUGCCCUCCGCCGGCCGGCCGUCGGGUCUCCGCACCCUCGAUUCUCCAGUCCCCCGACAACCAUGACCGAAAUGAGCGAGAAGGAGAACGAGCCGGAUGACGCGGCCACCCACACCCCGCCGGGGACCGUCUCCUCCCUCCAGGAAACCAAGCUCCAGCGAUUCAAGCGCUCCCUCUCUCUCAAGACCAUCCUCCGCAGUAAGAGUGUGGAGAACUUCUUCCUUCGCUCGGGCUCUGAGCUCAAGUGCCCGACCGAGGUGCUGCUGACACCCCCGACCCCACUGCCCCCUCCUUCCCCACCACCCGCAUCCUCGGACAGGGGUCUGCCUACUCCAGCGCCGUCCCCGUGCCCGGUCCCACGCCCCCUGGCACCACUCAAGCCAGUAAGGCUGCACAGCUUCCAGGAACAUGUCUUCAAGAGAGCCAGCCCUUGUGAGCUGUGCCACCAACUCAUCGUAGGAAACUCGAAGCAAGGCUUACGAUGUAAGACCUGCAAAGUCAGUGUCCAUCUGUGGUGCUCCGAGGAGAUCUCUCACCAGCAAUGCCCAGGCAAGACAUCCACCUCCUUCCGCCGUAACUUCAGUUCCCCCCUCCUGGUGCACGAGCCACCCCCAUCCUGUGCCAUGAGUAGAGAGUCCCCACCUACAGGGACCAGUGGAAAGGUGGACCCCGUCUAUGAGACCCUGCGCUAUGGCACCUCCCUGGCACUGAUGAACCGCUCCAGCUUCAGCAGCACAUCUGAGUCCCCCACGCGGAGCCUGAGUGAGCGAGAUGAGCUGGCUGAGGAUGGAGAAGGCAGCAUUCGCAGCUCCGAGGAGGGAGCUGGGGACAGUGUAUUUUCAGCUCCAGCCGAAAGCGAAGGGUCAGGACCAGAGGAGAAGAGCCCUGGACAGCAGCCCCCCAAGCCGCCCCUGCGGAAGGAUGUGGGCCCCAUGUACUCCUAUGUGGCACUCUACAAGUUUAUGCCCCAGGAGAACAAUGACCUGGCUCUGCAGCCUGGAGACCGGAUUAUGCUGGUGGAUGACUCUAAUGAAGAUUGGUGGAAGGGCAAGAUCGGCGACCGGGUUGGCUUCUUCCCAGCCAAUUUUGUACAGCGGGUGAGGCCAGGAGAGAAUGUUUGGCGCUGCUGCCAGCCCUUCUCCGGGAACAAGGAACAGGGUUACAUGAGCCUGAAGGAGAACCAGAUCUGUGUGGGCGUGGGCAGAAGCAAAGAUGCUGACGGCUUCAUCCGCGUCAGCAGUGGCAAGAAGCGGGGCCUGGUGCCAGCCGACGCCCUGACCGAGAUCUGAUGGGAGCCAAGAAAACCCAGAUGCCACCCCUGCCCAUCCCUGGCCCUCGCUUCUGGCCCAGGAGGGGAGCAGGCAUCCUGGCCAUGCCCUUCCUCCCUCUGCCUCUCUCCUAGGCGCCACCCAUCACAGCUUAGGAGCCUUCUGCACUGAGGAAGGUUUAUUUCUGGGGCAGGGUGCCCUUGGAUGUUCAUCCCCUGGGACUUGGGGGCAGGGAGGAGAAAGUGGGAGGGAAUAAGAUUUCAGGUAGGUCCACCCAGUGCCCAGAUAUGCCCCAGUCCCAUUGCAAUGCUGAGUCCUGCCCUGGGGAAGGAGGGCCCUUGCCGUGUCUUCCAGACACUGUCCACAUGCCUUUGCAUGCCUGACCCGCCCUCUGUCCACAGAGCCUUCGCUUGGGUCUAUGUGUAUUUUGCCCCUUUGCACAUGGGGCUCUGGGGCCUUUCCCUGUCCCGUAGCUCACCACCCUGACUCAGGGCCAUAGGUGAGCCCUGAGUCCAUCUCUUGGAGGCAAGCACUCUAGCCACUAGGCCAUAUCCCCAGCCCCCAUGAGUCCAUCUCUUGGUCUCACCACCUCUAUCACUCCGUCAAUUCUCAGGAAAGUUCUGCAGGAAUCUCUCCCAUUACUUGAAACCUGGGUGGACAGAACCAGGAAGGCCUGAGGUCUGGGGAGGGGGUGACACAGAGGAGACUGUCUCUUCAAGGAAGCCUAUCACCACAAAGCAGCCUGGUCCAACUCGCUGUGCCGGGAAAGGGCGUGCAAGAACAGCCAGGCUACCGAACCCAACGAAGAACAAGAUACCGACCCUAUGCUUGGUCAAGACAACACCCAUUUCACUGUCGGGACUCUACCCCCUCCGUCACCAGGAAAACCAGCCGAGGGAUUGUUCGUUUUAGUCCCUCUAGAAGCCCCACCCAAAGGACUGACUUUCCUUAGCCCCUCUUGCUGGAGUCUGCAGUGCACAGAACUGAUGUUUGGGGCCUCUCUUGUUGGGUCAUCUUUGUCAAGGACAAAGACUUCUGGGAGAAAACUUUCUGGAACCGACAGGGUAGGCUGGAAGGCUCAGACUGAUGGCUGGGCUGGGGUGGGAAGAAGCAGGAGGCCCUCGUGUGGGGCGGGGCAGUAUGAAGAGAACCUCUCCCUUUCAGGCUGCUUUUUGUCUGGUGCCAGCCCCCUUUCCCCCAAGCUCAGAGCCUCCUCUUGUGCCCUUGGUUGUGUCAGCAGAGUGCCACUCUCAUCCUGGGCGCCGUCACACCCUCCAUCCAGCGAGAGUGACACAGAUUCCUGUAUCCCACAGAUCUUGCCCCACUCCUCCCCAGCAGAGGGGGGCUCCAGCCACACUGCCCUGUUUGCUGCCAUGAGGCCGCCCCCCGCAACCCCCCGGGGUGGGCCCAAAUGCCCACUGUACAUGAGGCUGCAUGAUGAGUCUACUGGGGUACUGCCAACCCCCCCAGACUCCUGAUUAAAUGUUUCU